UGACAUCGACAGUUGUUUUCCUCGAAUAUGUCAUGUUAAAUUUUCAUGAAAUCUGAAAUUUCUUGAUUUAUUUUUUAUUUUACAUUGGAUCUUUCUUUAUUAGUUAUUAUAAAAAAUGGUUGAUGAUUUGCGAAAAUAUCUGAACCAUUUACUAGAGAAGGUAAAUGGUCUGCACUGUAUCAUUAUUACGGACCGUGAUGGAGUUCCAUUGGUUAGAGCAGUAACAGAAAGAGCUCCACAAUUGGCUUUGCGGCCAAAUUUUAUAUCGACUUUCGGCAUGGCCACAGAUCAGGCAAGCAAGUUAGGGUUGGGAAGGAACAAGACUAUUAUCUCUAUGUAUUCAAGUUAUCAGGUUAUACAAAUGAAUAAGUUACCAUUAGUCAUCACAUUUAUAGGAAGCGACAAUUGUAAUACUGGCCACAUACUGUCACUUGAGAAUCAAAUUGAACCAUUCCUGAAGGAUUUAGCAGCUGUGGUGGCUGAUGCACCUUAAUUUUAAUAAGUUUUAUAUAUAUAUUUUAAGAAUUAUUAUUUAAUUUAGGAGUCAUCUGCAAAACAUGACUGAACUUUUUUUGAAACAUUUUAAUAAUAUAAACAUGAUUUUUCAAUUAUUAUUGUAUAUAAUUUCAAAGCAGAUGGGGUUUGAAUUAGUGUAUUCUGUUCUAUACAUGAGUCAUUUUCAUUUAGUUUUUUAUAAUUUUAGUAACUAUCACAUAUAUUUUAUUGCCAUUUAACUAAAAGAUAUAGUAGUCAGAUUAAGACAGAUUAUUAAAUUGCUUUUAGAUUAAAUUUUAAACACAGUACAUUAU